GGUGUAAUAACGAUCAUUUAAAGAACAUUGACCCCAAGCCCGUCCCUUUUGUUGGAGUGAGUGAUGCGAAGGAGAAUGAUGUUCGAUCUCUUUUGAAGUUUCUAUCUGCCGAAGACAUUAUUAUAGCUCCACAGUUCAACAAUGGCAUGUUAUAAUCAGCUGAUUAGAUCAGCUAAAAUUAAAACAGCUCAUUGUUGUGGCUCACAAGUGGCGCUAUCUCAAAAUAAUAAUUAUCUUGCCAUGAUAUCUUUCUUUCUUGUGAUAUGAAGUAACUGGCGAAUUCAUAUCUAACGGCUUUAGCUUCCUCAUUUGACUUCCGUGGUUUGCGUUGUAAAUUCACCAUGCCCGUGUCAUCUUGAACUACUGCCCUCCAUGAUCCUGAAAUAACACUUCCAUCCUGUGUAUCAAUGUCUAAGGUUCCAUAAGGUGCAUAAAGUGGUCUUGAUCUAGUGCUUUUCCUUAAAAAGUUGUGUAGAUAUAUACACGCAGAUGUUACAGUCACUGCAUUUUUAACAUUUAGCAUUAAAGGUUUUCGAAAAACACGAAACACUGAUGCUAACAAUCCAAAAGUGUUUUCAAUCACUCUUCUUGCAUGUGCUUGUCUGUAAUUGUAUAUUCUUUUUAUAGAACCUUUUUCCUGAUGUCCUGAAUAAGGUUUCAUAAUGUGUAACUGUAAGGGAAACGCAUCAUCUGCCACUAAAACAUAAGGAGAUAACACAUCACUUCUUGGAAGAGGCUGUGCAGUCGGUAAUGAGGGUUCAUUUUUUUGCAGUUUUUGAUAAAAUGAAGUUUGACGAAAUACUCCUCCGUCUGAAAUCCUCCUUGACAACCAAUAUUUGCGUACAAGAAAACAAUAGUUAGCAUCUGCAAUCCCCAUCAAAACAAUGCUGAAUGACCCCUUAUAAUUGAAAAACAAGCUACCACUCUUCACUGGGCUCUGAAUCACUAUGUGCAUCCCAUCGACGGCUCCGAUACAGUUUGGAUAGUUCCAGGUUAUCUCAAAAUCAUUAGCUAUUAUCUUCCACUCAUUUGAUUUUGUGGCAUCUGCAACAUAAAAACCAAAAACAUGUCAUUGAAGCAUGUGAGUUCUAGUUCGCUUUUCUUACCUUUUCAGGAAGAAGACAAUGCAGCGUCUGAAAUGAGUACAUCUGAUACUCAGAAUACUAUCCUACCAACUGAAGGAGGCAAUGAAGGUGUCAGUGUUAAGCACUUUCUUUCACCCAAAAAGAGAGCCAAAACGAGUAAACCAAAAUCACCCUACAGCAAACGUGAAGAAGAAGCGUAUAUUGGAUUGCAACAAGCAAUGAAGAAGGAUGAAUGCACAACUUAUGGUGAACAUGUUGGGAAUGAACUGCGUGCUCUUCAGCCUAGAGCAAGGACCAUUGUUAAGCAUUUAAUCAACAACAUACUGUUUGAAGCAGCUAUGGGAAAAUAUAAUGAAAAACCACCCACUUCACACGAUUGGAAUAUAGCUACUACCUCUUCCAGUGCAACGAGUUGUGUAUCUCGACCUCCAUCUCUUCAAUCACCCAUAGUUGACAGUGACGUCGUCGAGUAUGAUUCUGAUUUUUCAAAUUUCAAAAAUUGUUUGAUCUAAUGAAUGCAUAACAAAAUUACUAUGUUACUAUUCAUAUGUAUAUUGUGAUUUAAAAUGUUCUAAAAUAUUUUCUUCAAUAAAUCAAAAGAAUUAAAUGCAACGUUAUUAUAUUUACUAACCCUACAUAAAUUAUAUUAAUAUAUACCUGUAAGUUAUAUAUAGUUUUAAAUGUUUCAUUGAAUUUAUAUUAUCAAGGAAGCUUAUUUUAUAACCAUAGUCUUUGCUUAGGCAUAUU